CAAACCAAACCAACCAACCAACGAGCAUCUAAUUAGAAAAGAAAGAAACAAACAAUUAACUUUCUAUGAUGGCUUUCUCAACUAGAAUUCCAUUUUCAAACAUCUUAAAAUCUCAAGCAUCACGUCAUCAACUCACGAGUCAUUUACCUCGAUUCUCGUCUCGUUCAAUUUCCACUAAUACUACUUUUUCAAAAGCAGAGUCGGUCUUGACUUCAAGGACAGCUGCAGUGGUCUCAUCUGUCUUUGCUGCUGGUUCUUUAACAUGGUACACUCAGUUAUACGGUGUUCCAUUUAUUUCGGAAGCACAAGCUAUGACUGCUGCUGAACACGGACUUCAUGCUCCUAGUUAUCCUUGGGCUCACAAAGGACCUUUUGAAACCUUUGAUCAUGCUGCCAUUCGUCGUGGGUAUCAAGUUUACCGUGAAGUUUGUUCUGCAUGCCACUCACUCGAUCGGAUCGCUUGGAGAAACUUGGUCGGUGUCUCACAUACAGUCGAUGAAGUCAAAGCUAUGGCCGGUGAAGUAGAGUACGAAGAUGGACCAGAUGACGAAGGCAAAAACUUUCAAAGACCAGGAAAACUUUCAGAUUAUAUGCCAAAACCUUAUCCGAAUGAAGAAGCAGCUAGAUCAGCCAAUGCAGGAGCCUUACCACCUGAUCUAAGUUUGAUGGUCAAAGCUCGACACGGUGGUGCUGAUUAUGUGAUGGCUUUGUUAACUGGAUAUGUGGAUCCACCAGCCGGUGUACAGAUCAGAGAAGGACUGAAUUACAAUCCUUAUUUCCCAGGUGGUGCGAUCGGUAUGGCUCGAGUCUUGUACGAUGGAGUAGUAGAAUACCCAGAUGGGACUCCAGCCACUACAUCUCAAUUAGCUAAAGAUGUCGUAAGUUUCUUAGCUUGGACGGCUGAACCUGAAUUAGAUCAAAGAAAGAAGAUGGGAUUACAAUCGGUGAUCAUCUUGGCUACUUUGACGGCUUUGAGUAUUUGGGUCAAGAGGUUUAAAUGGGCUGGUAUUAAAAGUCGAAAGUUGGUGUACAAUCCACCUCCACCUACUACCGGUCCUAAGCAUUAGUUAGUGGAUUGAUGGAUUGAUGGAUGGAUGGAUAAAAGUUGGAUUUGGAAAAAAUUAGAGUGUGCAAAUUGAUGAGAUGAGAUGUAUAUGUAAUCUCAAAAAGAUCUUUGACUAGAAAUUAUAAAAGGCUUAUUUUUUUCCAAAGAUAGUUUGAUUGAUUUUUUUUGAAAGCUUUGAAAGGAAAAAUUUCUUUUUUCUUUUGGUUUUUCAAUUGAUUUUUUUUGUGUGUUGAUCUGGUUUUUUUCUAUUAGAUCUUUUUUUUCCUUUCAUCAAUGAGAUUUUUUUUUGGU